AUGGCAACGCCACCGGUCCGACAGUGGGGUGUGACCCCUCCUAUCUCUACUGUCUUGCCGACCCCAGAUGAACUCGCUGCGAAUGACGAUCUCAUCGCCGAACUGAAGCGGCAGAACAACUUUGAAAGUCCCGCAGAGACAGAGCAAAGGAAGGAAGUCCUCAAGCUCUUACAACGCGUCACGAUCGAGUUCGUCAAGGUGGUCAGCCGCAAGAAGGGAUUGUCGGAGGCGGCGGUGGAGGCAGCUGGAGGAAAGAUCUUCACCUAUGGAAGUUAUCGUCUUGGGGUUUAUGGCCCUGGAUCGGAUAUUGAUACAUUGGUGGUUGGACCAAAGCAGGUUUUGAUUGAUGACUUCUUCUCCGACUUCCCGCCCGUUCUUGAGAGAAUGGCCCCUCCAGGGGCUAUCGAAAAGAUGACUCCCGUUCCCGAUGCCUACGUUCCUAUUAUCAAGCUUGAGCUCUCUGGGAUCAGUAUCGAUCUGAUCUUUGCCCGUCUCAUCAUCCCUUCCAUCCCCAUCAACCUCGACUUGAAGAACAAUGACUAUCUGAGGGGCCUAGAUGAACGAGAAGUCCGAUCAUUGAACGGAACUCGGGUCACGGACGAGAUCUUGGAACUGGUACCGCAGCAGAAAACGUUCCGCCUUGCCUUGCGUGCGAUCAAGCUUUGGGCGCAGCGCCGUGCGAUCUACUCGAACAUUGUGGGCUUCCCGGGAGGUGUCGCUUGGGCUAUGCUUGUGGCCAGAGUGUGCCAGCUUUAUCCGCAGGCGACUGGUUCCGUUAUUGUCGGCAAGUUCUUUCGGAUCAUGAACAAGUGGGCCUGGCCUCAACCUGUGCUACUGAAGCCAAUUGAAGACGGGCCCCUUCAGAUCAAAGUUUGGAAUCCGAAGAUUUACCAUGGCGAUCGAUUUCACCUGAUGCCUAUCAUUACUCCGGCAUAUCCGUCGAUGUGUGCGACUCACAACGUUUCCAUGUCAACCAAAAAUGUCAUUCUUCGUGAACUUCAGCGCGGAGGUGACAUGGUGGACAAAAUCUUCAUGAAGCAGCUAACUUGGAACGAUCUGUUCGCGAGACACUCAUUCUUCACGAAGGAUUAUAAGUAUUACCUCCGUAUUACCGCCGCAAGCACCACCAAAGAGGCAGACUCGGUAUGGUCAGGUCUUGUGGAGUCCAAAAUUCGCCAUCUGGUUGGAGCGUUGGACAGGAAGCCAACUAUUGCCGUUGCCCAUCCCUUCCCUAAGGGAUUUGAGAGGAUUCAUGUUGUCUCCAAUGAACAGGAAGCGGAGGCUGUCAAGAAUGGUUCCACUGCGUACCAAGAUAAAGGACAGAAGACACAGAUGACGGACGAGACGAACGACCCUGCGCAUCAAGCGGCAGCACAGGACCAGAUCGAAAAACGUGAGGUGGCCGACACCGUCGAAGCGAAACCGAAAGGCGAAAGCUGGACGAUCUACACCACGACGUAUUACAUUGGUCUGGAGAUGAAGCCGCAGCCGCCAGGCCCGGGCAAGUCGUUGGAUAUCUCGGCCGAUGCCCAGAUAUUUAAAUCCACGUGCACCUCGUGGCCCGGAUACCAGCCUGGGAUCAACGACAUCACGAUCACCCAUGUUCGCAAUUUUGAUCUCCCCGACGAUGUUUUCCAGCCGGGCGAGACCCGACCGACCCGGCCGAAGAAGAAGGUCAUCAAGAAGACCGAAGCCACCGCCCAAAAACGCGGCAUCGAGUCAUUGGACGAGUCUUCGCUUCCGACUGCCAAACGCCAGGUUUCUUCGAACGGUAUUCAGAACACCGCGACGCCUGCAUGA